UAGUGCUCUGUGCUGCUACUGCAACGUGCUAUUCCCGGCGAGCCUAUGUAGCUGCUCUCUACCUAUCGGUUCUGGAUCUUGUUGACAUGCUUGCAUCAAGCAGACGAGACUGACAAGCGUCGAGUGGUCUGUGUCUCUGCCCAAGGGCCACAUACAUGUACGUAUGAUGGCGAAUCGUGGAUGGCGAAUGACUCUGUCGACCGAGGAGAGCAGGGCAGGGCAGGGCAGGGCAGGAGACGAGACCGAGUGGCCGUUCCUCCGCCGACGAUGAUGGUUAUGCGCGCCAGCUACUCAAUCAACUGCGAGUGCACCAGUAAGGCUGCACAGCAAACUGAACUGCGGCGGGGACUUGGCCCGCACCCCCCGUUCACAAGUCGCGUCCAGCUACCUGACACACCAGCAAUGAUAUCAUGCUACAGGACGCUAUGUGCUCGGAAGCAGCCCAUCUUCAUGCUUGUCCGCCGCAAGACUAGCCGGGGGGUGAGGGAGGCCAGCUGGGGAUGGCUUGUCAACGCCUACCAUACGAGUAGUAGUGCUGCCAGCACUCCGGCUAGUACCCAGCACCUACUUGCUGUUCCAGAGGCUGCGUUGCGCGUUGGCGGCCCAGGAGAUGGCGUCAGCAAUCGCUUCCCCAUAUAGCGUGCCACAUUCCCGAACAACACUGGGCGUCGAGGCCCAGCGACACCCAUGCUCUCUCAUCAACAGGCCGGCGUUGGAUCUUGCUCCUUAGGCGGAACUAGUCAAGUCCAGCCUUUCUAGCCUCACUGCAAGCCCGCAAGGGUCUAUCU